AUGGCAAAACAGAACUUGCUCGUGGUAAUUGGUGCGACUGGAACGCAAGGCGGAUCAGUCGUGGAUGCUUUCCGUGGCGAGCCAACAUGGAAGAUUCGAGGAAUUACAAGAAAUGUAUCCGCGUCAAGGGCCAAACGUCUGUCAACGCUUGGUGUGGAAAUGGUUGAAGCGGAUCUCGACGACGUCGACUCGCUUAGUUGCGCCUUCCAGGGGGCCACUGUUGUCUACGGGGUCACAGACUUCUGGAAGCCCUUGAGUGAUCCCUCUCUUACCAAAACCCGCAAACCAGGUCAAAGUCUCAGUCGUUGGGCUUACGAAUACGAGUUACAACAGGGAAAGAACAUCUUUGAUGCAGCAGCCAAGAUCAACACAUUGGAACGAUUGAUCUUUUCCACCAUUGCCGAUGUGGCGGAGCAUAGUGAGGGAAAGUACACAAGGGCUUACCAUGCCGACACAAAGGCCCACGCAGAGCAGUAUGGCAAGCAGCAAUAUCCUGAACUCUGGAGGAAGACGAGUACGAUACAAGUCGGUGUGUACCUUUCAAAUUUCGCAGAGCUCUCCACCGAGAUGCCUAAGAAGGAAGCGGACGGCUCUUACAAUUUUGUCAAUCAAUUUCACGCCCACACGCCUCUCCCCUUGAUAGCCGCGGAUAAAGAUACAGGACCCCUUGUAAGGGCCUUGCUCGAGGAACCGGCCGGGACGAAACUUAUGGGAUAUCGUGCGUGGAUGACGUUCGGCACAUUCGUCGAAACUUGGAGCAGGAUUCUCAACGUCAAAGCACAAGUAACUACUCUCCCCAUCCAAGAUAUUCUGGAUGGCAUGCCAGGUGAUAUGGAUCCCGACGUAAGAGAGAUGCUGGCAGAGGGUAUGGCGAACAUGACCGAGUUUGGAUACAAGUUGAGAGAGGAUCCUGUAUUGACGCAGCCUCAUGGUCUCAAGUCACCGCCCCAUUUGGGGUCAGUGGAAGAGUGGAUUAAGGAGCAGGAUUGGUCAACUGUCUUGAACUCGUGA